AUGGGUAAAAAUGGUGGAUUUUUAACACCAAAAGCUAUUAGCAAUCGAAUAAAAGCAAAAGGUUUACAAAAAUUACGAUGGUAUUGUCAAGCAUGCCAAAAACAAUGUCGGGAUGAGAAUGGAUUUAAAUGUCACACACAAAGUGAAUCACAUCAACGACAAUUAUUACUUGUUGGCGAAAAUCCGGGCAAACAUAUUGCGAAUUAUUCGCGUGAAUUUCAUAGUGGUUUUUUCAGCACAUUACGUCGUUCAUUUGGCACAAAACGUGUUCUAGCCAAUACAGUCUAUUGUGAAUAUAUUAAAGAUCGUGAUCAUAUUCAUAUGAAUGCUACACGUUGGGUAGCAUUAGCAGGUUAUGUUCGUUGGCUUGGAAGUCAAGGUCUUUGUGAAAUUGAACAAACUGAAAGAGGAUGGUAUAUAACAUUAAUUGAUAAAGAUCCUGAUGCAGUAAAACGUGAAAUGGAAACUGAACGAAAAGAAAAAAUGGAUUUAGAUGAUGAACAACGAAGACAAAAAUUGAUUGCUGAACAAAUCAAAAGAGAUAAAGAAAAAUGUAUUGAAGUAUCUGCACCAAUCUAUACUGAACUUGUGCGAAAAGAUGAAGAAGAAAAAGUUCAAGUAUCAUUUAAUCAAAGUGUAGUUGCUGAAAAGAAAAAAAUUCUACCUCCAUCUGUUCUGGCAACAGCUAGUAAAAAACGAACAAAUAGUACUGAUGAAAUGGAUGUGAAAAAACCUAAAAUAGAAAGUACAGAUGAAUCUGUUUUUAAGAAACUAUUAACAAAGAAAACAGCACUUGAAGAAGUUCGAGAGAUGGAAGAAAAAUUGAAAGAAGAAAAAAAUCGUAAAGAUUAUUGGUUACAUGAAGGUAUCAUUGUUAAAGUAAUGACAUUAAAACUUGGUGAAAAAUAUUAUAAAAAGAAAGGUAUUGUUAUUAAAGUUGAAAAUCGUUAUCAAGCUAUCAUUAAAAUGAUUGAUACAAAUGAUAAAAUUCGUAUUGAUCAAGCUCAUGUUGAAACAGUCAUACCAGCUAUUGGUAAAAAGGUAUUAGUUGUUAAUGGUGCAUAUCGUGGACAACAAGCAACUUUAGAAGAUAUUCAUCAAGACACAUUUUCAGUUGAUAUUACUUUACUAACGGUUAGAGUUGAAAUAAUAUUUAUUCGUAUUUAG